UUGAAGCUCUUCGAGGCCGUGUAUGGAAAGCGGCACUGGCUUCCGGUGUUGCUGGCCUCUUACCAGUACCGGGGAUGUCCGCCGCAUUCGACAUCGGCUUAGUAAUAAGUGAGAGCCGCUUCUAUCAGCAACAGCUCGGCCUGGACCAGCAGUCGUUGACGACAAUGGCCCAGACACAUGGAGUAGAUUUGGCCAUAUUGGAGAAAGCGGUGGCUUUGUGCAUUCCAGGCGUGAUCACCAAGGACUUUGUGGUCUUCCUUGGCAAGGAACUGUCGACGGAGGCUGCUGGCCAGGCGGUGGAAGAGCUGCUCAAGUUCAUCCCGUUUGUCGGAUCACUGCUGGGGGCGCCAAUCUCUUUCGUGCUGACCCAGCGUACAAUGCUUUCCAUUCUCGGCAGGAUGGAAGCCGCCGCCAACCAGGUCAUCGACAUCUGCGUCAAGAAAGCUUAUCAACAGGCGCUCCAGGAGACCGGUCAAGAUUGUCAAGACCUCAGAAAUAAAAAGCCGACAUUGUGAACGGUAAUCUAGUGCAUCCUCUGCUUAUUGAUUUAGCUUGAAUUUUAGUCUUCCUUGUUACGUAUCUUUAUCUAAACGGUAACUGAUCUUACGGCGUCGCCGCGAGCAUUUGAACUGUAACAAUAAUCGCUAUUUAACGUUUUAAGUCUUUAUGCUUUUUUUAUAAACUCUUCCUUUUUGAAUGGAUUGUUGGCGCAUUUUUGCGUACUUUAUGAUUCUAUGAACUUAGGCACUUGAAGCCGCUUCCACCAGAAACACUGUAUGUAUUGUUCUUGUUUUGAGAAGCAUUUCUAGCUGGCAAAACAUUUCGUGGCCUUUGUCGUAGCAUAUACUGUAGGUACUCGUACACCUGUUUGCAUUUAAAUUUAUGGAAUCU